AUGAGACUGGCCGCGUAUACUGGGGCCUCAGUGGUCCUAGCCACUGGUGUUUUUCUAAAAGCUCUUCAUCAGAGGUCCAAUUUCUAUUCGGCAUGCGUCUAUCUCUCUCAGAGUAGUGCGAAUCUUAUGAUCCUCACGAAUUUAUGCCUUCUCGUCACCGGCUUUGUACUAUUCUGGCUCCAACGACUUCUUUAUGGACCCUUGCGACCAAUCGAGACCGAGCAACUAUACGAGCGGGCCUGGUUCGCCGUCACGGAGACAUGUUUGGCCAUGACCAUCUUCCGAGGCGAACUUGGAGGCUGGUUUCUGGUCAUGUUCAUUUCGCUACUAGUCGGCAAAGUCUGGGGCUGGAUUGGCGAAGGUCGCGUUGAGUUCUUAGAGCAACAGCCGCCGGCUAAUCCCCGGUUAUUCCAUACUCGACUGGCGAUAUCUCUCGUGCUGACGGUGGCAUUUGACUCAUUCAUGCUGCGGUACUGUGUGCACACCGUAAUUACGCUGGCACGGCCGGAUAUGAUGGUGAUGUUUGGAUUCGAAUUCGCCAUCUUGACGAUCCUCUCGACCUCCACCCUCCUGCGAUACGUUAUCGCGUUGACCGAGAUCUCCAUAACCCGCCAGCAGAUAAAGGCCAAGAUGCAGGAACGUCGGGAUGAGAUCCGUGUUGCACGUGUCGAGGCGAUUCGAGAACAUGCCCUCGCGGGAGCUACCUCACCUCCUGACAAUCUCCCUGACGAAAACGAUGUCAAUGAGAUGGACAUUGACGUGCCCGGGUGGGAGGAGAAGGGUCGUUGGGUCUUCUACUUGGAUCUUUUGACCGAUUUGUUGAAACUGGUGAUUUACUUGAGCUUCUUUGGUAUUCUGCUCACUUUCUAUGGCCUCCCCAUCCACAUUCUGCGGGACGUUGUUGUGACCAUCCGCUCAUUUGCCCGUCGCAUUAUGGACUUCAUGCGCUACCGAAAUGCGACAAGGGAUAUGAACCAGAGGUAUCCGGAUGCAACGGCAGAGGAAGUCUCCCGGGAAGAUGUCUGUAUCAUCUGCCGUGAGGAAAUGAUUCCAGUUCAACCGGCGCAGCCACAACCAGCGGCUAAUGCUGCUGGAGAGCCUGCACCACAGCCGGCCGCUGGAACACAGCGUGUUCCUGACCGUCUGCGUCCAAAGAAGCUCCCAUGUGGUCAUAUCUUGCACUUUUCGUGCCUCCGAAGCUGGCUUGAGAGGCAACAAAACUGCCCGACAUGCCGACGUCCUGUCAUCAUGCCCCAGCGAACUCGUGGAGCUGCCGGGGUUGGAGACAACGCUCGCGGAGGUCAGAAUGGUGGUAUCCAACCGGGCCAACAAGGUGCAGAUGCACAGCCACGUGCUCGGGUCUAUCAGUUUGGGCCCUUCCGUAUCGGCUUUGGAGCUGUGCGUGGAGAUUUAUUCAACAAUCUUCACCCACAAGGUCACCAAGGUAACGUGCCACAGCCUGGGGCAAACCCGCCUGCGAAUGCGCCUGGAGGACAAAUUGGGUUUGGCUUUGGGUUCGGGCGCCGUCCCCAAGCCCCCACCCCUUUGCUGCAGAUUGAGCAACGACUCAAUCAAGAGAUUGCUACUCUUCGAGCUGCCACGGAGCAUCUAAAUCACGUGCGCCAGCUUCGGGUGGAACUAGAGCGAUUGCUUGCUCAAGCGAGGGCUGUUAACCAACAGGCUGCCGGUCAACCAGGCCCGCUUCCCAACGUGACCCUAGGAUCUUCGGUCUUCACAACGGUCGACCAAUAUGGCGCAAACCCGGGCACUGAUGUUCUAAACGCUGGAGACCCUCGUCUACCGGAAGGGCUUACUCUUCCCCCUGGUUGGACCCUCCUCCCUCUGCAACGCGUGGAUAAUAGCACCAGCGGUGUUGAACAGACAGUACAGCCUACGUCUACCACUACAGAGACAACCCCAGCUGCGCCAGCUGUGGCCAGUGCUGUAACUUCUCAUGCCCCCACAUUCCCCGUGCCUGUUCAGGAUCAAACAAGCGGGAACGUCGGGCUAAAUGCACGCGGCACCACCAAUGCUGAAACCACUCCCAUAAAUGGGGCGCCUAGUCUACCGGUAUUGCAACCCACGCCCACCGUCCCUUCUGCGGAUCAUCGUGCAGAAUCGCCGUCUCAAGAAUGGACCGACGUUGGCCCUAGAGGGUCCUUCGAGGCCAGGCCAGCUUCCUCCAUUCCUACUACAUGGGGUAGCAAUGGGGAAUCUUCAAAUGGUGCUUCUGGUCAAGCUGAGACUCAUCCCGAGUCUGCAUCCAACGGCAAAAGCCGGACCGCAUCAGUUGAAGAAACGCCCGAUGAAGAAGCCUGA